UCGCUAAUAUUCUCUGUUCUUGUUUGGAAGGAAAAGAUUUAAAUUUUGCUUGUGAACUUUUAAAAAAUUGUCAGGCCAUGAUAGAAAAGAAAGGAUAUAAUUUAGCAAAUUGCCCUGAUUUGCAG